GGAAUAUGUGUGUUGACAACGGCAACCAGCAUGUUCGGCAGGCAACACUCCGGGAUAUGCGAUGCUUGUAUGCGAAUAGAUGAAUAACGUUUAAAUUGGAUUGCCUGAAGAUUUCUUUGGAGAUAUUGUGUGCGUGGUUUCUUGUUUCUCUCUUGGCCUAGUAAAGGCACUUGACUUGAUCUGGUUAGAUCCCCCAUUCACACCACCUUUCGUAUUUCCUUGGAGCACGGAGAUUGCAGAAUAUAUGAUGAAGUUUAAACCCAACCAGACGAGGACUUAUGAUGGUGAAGGUUUCAAGAGACGAGCGGCAUGUUUAUGCUUCAAGAAUGAAAAAGAGGACGAGGUGUUGCUGGUGAGCAGCAGUCGGCACCCGGACCAGUGGAUAGUACCAGGAGGAGGGAUGGAGCCUGAGGAGGAGCCGUGUGGAGCUGCAGUCAGAGAGGUGUACGAAGAAGCUGGUGUAAAGGGGAAACUUGGCAGGCUACUGGGGGUUUUUGAGCACAACCAGGACAGGAAACACAGGACAUACGUCUAUGUCCUGACUGUGACAGAGACCUUGGAGGACUGGGAGGAUUCUGUCAACAUCGGUAGGAAACGGAAGUGGUUCAAUAUCGACGAGGCUAUCCGGGUGCUGCAAAGCCACAAGCCUGUCCACGCAGAGUACCUGCGCCGACUCACAGCCACUUGUAAUCCCACAUGCAGCUCCACCUGUUGCGGCCCCACCAAUGGCAACACCUGGGUGUUCCCCAUGACGGACGACAAUGCCCCUGACUACGUCAACUCCACCACAGGGGACAGAUAGAGGACCUCCCUUGGUCAACAGAUAGGACAGAUAGGAUAGCCGCCAUCAGAGGAACCAGCAUCAUAAGAGGACCUAGCCUAGGUGCCAGUCGGUUUCUGCUGUCCUGCCAACUCCUUGUGGACUUGUCAUGUUUGGCUUGACAAUGACAGUAAUGGAGUAUGGCAAGAGCACAAACUGAUCUGGGACCAAGCCAAGGAGGACCCAGGAGGACUCUAGAGUGGAAGUACCCAGAAUAGACAUUUGGCAUGGAUUCCUUUCUGUGUUGAUUCUUAAUUUGUAUGCUAUGAACUUUCUAAGUUAAAAGGAAUUCAUUAUUUUAUUAGGGGGCAUGAAGAGUGUUAAAAUGUGUCAAAUGGAUAUUCAAUAAUUUUCUUUGUAUAUUGUUUUUAUCAACUCAUCAGACAAAUAAGGAUAUAUAUUAUUAAUAAAAACUGGAUCUUAAAGCUAAUCUCUGUUAAUGAGAUCCAUUAGUCAUCAGCUUUCUAUCAUUAGAAUGACGUCAACCUCUGAAAAGGUACUUUGUUUCAAGUUAUUCUUACAAGUCCAUCUUACAUUUUGAUUAUAUAAGGUCAAAGACUACAGUCUAUGGUCAGAGUGCAGCACUUUGGUGAACUGCUUUCUGCUUGAAGUAGCUCUGCCAAUAGAGGGUAGUGUUACCUCUGGAAAGGCUUAUUUCCUUUAUGUCAAAACCCCAAAUGCAGCUGAGGAUGGAAACCUUUGUCAGGGUGCCAGAACAUAAUUAUUUAGUAUUUAUUAGGACCCCCACUUAGCUGCUGUUGAGGCAGUGGCUGCUCUUCCUGGGGUCCAAACAGGAAACAACUCAAAUAAAAUGCAUAAAAUAAAAAAUAAAAUCAUAUAUACACAAUACUUGUAUUCACACCCUCUCACUUUUUACACUUUUUUUGUUAC